CUCAUUCACCUGGAAGAUCUUGAUAAUUAGCGCAUCGGCAAAUACCCUCACUGCCCCGCCAUAUAAAGCGGACUGUUCUGUCUUAGAAGGGCUGCCGGGGUGACGCUUAGCUUCUGAAGCCAGGUGCUGCGGGUAAUCUUGCAUCACGGAACAGUACAACUGCAUGUACUGCGUAGGACAGUUCGCCGUUAGAUAUAAUAUAAUAUCUGCAGGGUCUGUUGGAAGAUUUUAGGUUUUCAAAAACGUUAAAAAACGGUUUAAAUAAGAGAAAGGUACAAGAAAGUGAGUUGAGUGUGACGUAGGUCAGUAUGUGAAGAUGGAUUCAAGCCUGACCGUACCUGUCAUCUGACACUUGGAGUGCUGUAAAAUGAAGACUGCUUUUGUGUUCAUCGUCAUCUUAGGCGCGACCUUUGCCAUACCAGGCCGAGGCGAUUCUGAUGGAGAAGACGUAGAACUUGGCGGCAAAGUGGGAAGUGAAGAUAGUGGACAGAUAUGGAAUGAGAGAAAGGACAGUGAUGGGGAUGCCAGUGACAGUGAUGGGGAUGCCAGUGACAGUAAUGGGGAUGCCAGUGACAGUAAUGGGGAUGCCAGUGAAGGUGGAAUCAGUGAUGAGGAUGAGAGUAAUGAAACUGAGAGUGAGGAGGAUGAAAAAGCAAAAGACAAAGCGGCAGAUGAAGGCAGGAAUAACAUCCAUGUAGAGGAGGAAGAGACUGAGGAGAAGAUAAAUGGCAGGGAGGUGGAGAGCAAUGAUGAAGCAGAUGAGGAAAAUGACACAGAAGGAACUGAUGAAGAUGGAGAUGAUAAUGAAAUGGGUGAAAAGCGUCGAGAAAACGGUGCCGACGCAAACAGAAAUGAAACAGAGGAAGAUAAUGAUGGUGUAGAAGAUACUACCAAGGUUCAGGAGAACGUGGAGGACACGAACAUGACUGGAGACUGCCAAGUGACAGGACAGGACGGGCAAGGUGGGAACAGUGACACGGAUGGUGGAGACAGUGACAUGGAUGGUGGAGACAGUGAUGGGGAAGAGAGACAGGGAAGUGAAGGAGAUGGAGACAGUGGAGAGACUAGGGAUGAAGAUGGAGACGAGGAAAGUGAGGAAGCGGAGAGGAAUCUUGAGGUUGACCUUGAAGGUGAAGGGGCUGAGGACAGUGUUGGCCUGGAAGCCAAUGAUGAUGGAGAGACUGUUGUGGAAGACAGAGGGGGAAUCACUCCUGUUGAUGGUGAAGACACAGAGGAAGACGGUGAAGAUGAAGACGGCGAAGUGAACCCUGAAGACCAAGAUGAUGCGGAGACAGGGGAAGAUGAAAACGAAGACGGUGAAGAUGGAAACACUGAGGGAGUAAAUGAGGGUGAGAAGAGUGAGGAGAGCAGUGAGGAAGAGGAGGGUGAUUCUGAAGAUGCGGGGGAGUAGGCUGUGAGCGCAUAAGCGGUCCUGCUGUAGACGACCGGCGUCAGCUAUGACACAGGGACACAAAGUUAGAGAACUUCAGAUGAAUCUGAGAGGAGAUGGUUAAGAACACGCUGCCAGUACCCAGGCCGGUGACCAGAGCUGUGAAGUCAUGGCAGAAUUACUGGGAUCCCAUGUGGCAAACACAUGGUAUGGGCAAGAAGAUGGAUGCAGCAGACAGAAUGUCUUUCAUCAAGAAGUUAUUUCACGUCAGUUUGCUUAGUAAUGAAAAUCACUUUGUUGUCAAACCCUGCAUGGUUAAAAAGCUGGAGCCAUACUGGUAUGCCAUAGUAAUGAUGUCCUGUGACACCCCAGUAGAUUAACUUGACAGACAAAAUAACAUCUUUCAGCAUCUCCUGUGAUUAAAACCACACACUCUUAUCAUUGUUGUAUUUCGACUUUAUCUGCAGCCUGGUUUUUCUUUUUCGCCCAGCAGCUUUGGGAUUGACCUGGGAAAACACACCUGUAAUGGAUGAGAAGCUGAUUUUGAAAAAAAAAUAAAUAAACAGCAUUUAAAGCUGCUGUCUACAGAGCUAGUGUUUUUCCUGCCAGUCUGAUUUCAACAUAACUUUUAAUUAUGAUUGUGCAAUAACGAUGUGUAGGCACCAGUAAGUACUUUGGGACUAUUUUAACAUAAUUACUGCAUUCUUAAGAUUUUUUAAAAUUACCAGUGGUGGAUGUCACCACCUACACAUAAAUGAUUAUAAAUGAAUAUGCUGCUGAGUUGCAAAUAUAAACACGUUUUUUUUUAGCUAUAAUGCACCCUUCGGACUCCAAAAUCUUUAAUCUUAAGCCAAGUUGUCUUCUUCCAUCAUUGAAAAUCAGCACCUGAAUACUCAGCUUGUCACGUUGCCUUUCACUACACAUACAGUGUUCACGGAAAGUCUUGGCAUGCUUCUUUAAUUCAUCAAAAUUACUGAAAAUGUAUAGCUUUAUACCAAAAAUCGUUUGUUUAUUCAUUUGUUGACAAAGGUUAUAUAUAUAUCACAUUAGAAACAAUAGUUUCAACAGUAGUAUUAAGUAAAACAUUAAUUUUAUGUAAUAAUAAAUUGAAACCCAAAUUAUAGCUCUAAACAAACUGUUCUGAGAUAAUAAAAAAAAAGUUAAUUGACAAAA